UUUACAUUAUUAUUAUACAUGGUUUUUAAUUAGAUGGUUAAAGUUAAAUAAGAUGUAAACUAAACGAUUUAUGUUAAUACGUUCGACUUUUUUAUUUAAAUAAACUUAUUACUUGGAAAAAAAUGGCUCCUGUACCUUUAGAAGGGCUUCAAACGCCCGUUUCGAACGCGGUGGCACAAAAUAAUCUUGGGGGCCCACAAGAAGGUAACCGAGGAGGAAUGAUGUCGUUGGCACUGUUAAUAGAAUUUAUCGUACAACGAACUUAUCACGAACUCACCGUUUUGGCCGAAUUGUUACCCCGAAAAACUGAUAUGGAGAGAAAAAUUGAAAUUUAUAAUUUCGCAACUAGAACUAGACAGUUAUUCGUAAGGCUGUUAGCUCUUACAAAAUGGGCCAACAGUGCAUCAAAAGUUGAAAAAUCAGCCAGAAUUAUGAACUUUUUGGAUAAACAGUCCCUGUUAUUUGUUGAAACAGCUGAUAUGUUAGCUAGAAUGGCUAGAGAAACAUUAGUACAAGCCAGAGUACCUAAUUUUCAUAUACCAGCAGCUGUGGAAGUACUAACAACUGGCACUUAUGGUAGAUUACCAGCUUGUAUAAGAGAGAAAAUUGUCCCACCAGAUCCCAUAACUCCGUCAGAGAAAAGAAAUACCCUGUUAAGGCUCAACCAGGUCAUUCAACAUAGACUUGUAACAGGAAAUUUGUUACCGCAAAUGAAAAACUUGAAGAUUGAAAAUGGAAGAGUUACCUUUCAUGUUCAACAUGAAUUUGAAGUAUCGUUAACAGUAAUGGGAGAUGGUCCUAAUAUUCCAUGGAGAUUACUAGAAAUUGAUAUUUUAGUUGGAGAUAAAGAAACUGGAGAUGGAAAAGUUCUGGUACACUCUCUACAAGUGCAGUACAUCCAUCAAUUAAUCCAAACUCGUUUGGUGGAUAAUUCCCAACCUUUAACCGAAGUAUACAAUUGUUUACACUUUUUUUGUCAAUCGUUACAGUUGGAAGUCUUGUAUUCUCAAACCCUAAGGUUAAUGAGAGAUAGAUUAGACGAUCAUAUUCAUGUUGAUGAAUAUAUUCCUGGAAAAUGUUUGACUGUGUCUUAUUGGAGGGAAUUGACCAAUAGGGGUAAAGAAAUGAUAAAUAAGGAUAUUCGAUCUGAAUUAGGGUACCGGCUGUCUGUUCAAGUAGAUAUCCACGAUACAGCUCGACCGUUGGCAGUAGUUCAUGUACCCUCUUUAGGAAACAAGGAAAGUGAAAUUGCUGAUAGAGCAAUAAGAUCCGAAGUUUUAUCAAUGGAACGACUUUUAGUUUAUACCAUUUACGUUAGAACCAAAAGUAGAUUGUCCGAUAUUAAAUUAGAACUACAAGGGAUGCUUAAGGAUGUAGAAUGUAAUCUACAAGGUUCUCCGGCAAUUUUAUCAGUUGCCAUACUACAACCUUGUUUGCGAGCUGAGCAAUUGCUAAUAACUGUCGAUACACAUACCGGAAUGUUACAAUGUCACGUGCCCCAAUAUGAACCGCCUCUUAUACCCGAUCUAAAUCAAGCUCUUAACGGUGAUCAUUCCAAAUUACCAAUGCUGAUAUCGGAAUUGAGGUAUUGGAUCACUCAGAGACGUUGUGAAAAAACUUUGCAACAUUUACCCGCAACCGCUUAUGAAAAACUUCCUUUAAUGUACCACGGUGAUCACCCCAUCACUAAAAUUGGACGACACAAGAUGUAUGUACGCUUACAUAGGCAUCCGAACGUUGUAUUGAUUGUUGAACUUAAAGAAAUGGGAAACGGUUCUUCGGAAAUUGAUGUUUCUUUUUAUUUGGCUGUCGUUAAACAUUCCAGUAUCGAGGAUAACCCUGAUGAUGAUACUAUGGAAUCCGAAAUACCUAAAGUUUUUCUCAAAGUACAAUCUUUGAUAGAAUUCGAUACAUUUGUUUCUACGCAUGGACCGUUUACUAGCGUAUCAGGUUCACUAGAAUCGGACACCACAGAAUCGAAUAGUCUAAAAAGAAAAUGUGGCAUAAAACCUGAACCGACAGCUAGAAGAAGUAAACAACCCGCUUAUUUUAUAGCCGAGCUGGCGCACGUUGUAGCCAUGUGUGAUGAACGGUUACCGUUUGUAACUUUAGCCAACGAAUUGACUAAAAGGAACGUUUUCCAUCAAGGUCUUCAAGUUGAAUCGAACGCCACAGGUUUGGUAUUGAAAUUGAUUCAAUUACCGCCUCCUUCGAAGGAAAUUGGACUUUCUACUGCUUGGAACGCUCUAAUGAAACGUUUACUAUCGGUUUCGAUACGAGUUUUGAGUAAAGGAGUUUUGAAAAGUUGGAUGGUGGAGUUCGUGUUUUAUUCCACACCGCUUUCCAGUACCCAUCCCAAAGAACAAGGAUCUAGGCGUCCGAUUUAUUUUCAAUACGAAAUGACCACAAUUGAUAAUACUGCAAAGACUGCGGAUUCUUUAAUAAGCGAUUGGAAUCAGAUCGUUCAUUUGUAUACUCUGGUACAUGAUUUGAGCGAAUAUCUUAAGAUAGACAAAUACAGUUUCCUCUCGAACAUGUUCUGCAUCAAAUCUUACAAUUACACCAAAUUAAUCCUCUGUUACGGAUCCGACAAAGGCGCAAUGGUAUCGAUCACUUGGGUCAGUUCGGACAAAAUGUUCCAAUUAGCAUUCGGCGCGACAAACGGCACCCUAAACGCCCAUUCCAUAAUACAGGAACAGUUGGAGUCCCAUUUGAACCAACACAGGAAUUUGGGACAGAUCAUACAGUUGUUGCACGAGACCUACGAACCGUUAUUGUCCAUCAGCAAACUACCGACCGUACCUCAGUUGGGCAUACAUAACACCGUAAGUGGAAUCCCGUCGACUAUGUGGUUAUUUCUAAUUUUUUUUUUUUUUUUUUUUUGGUUGCAGAGACCCCAAGUUCCGGUCCAAACUUUCACCAUAAUGGCGCAGUCUUGCACGCUGAUCCGUUUGGCGUACCAAGGAAUGUAUUGCCUGGAACUUAGGAUCCGAGGAUCCGGUCUGGUGUCGCUAAGAGACGGCGCUUACAGUAGAUUCGAUAGGAGCAACGUCGUCGACGUAUUUUCCCCCACGCAAGGUUUGAAAGCGUUUCUAUCGAAGUACGUCGACGAAACCGCCGUAUUUCGACGAAGAUCCCAAUCCGAAGACGAUAAUCCUCCGUCGCCGAUGGAAGUCGAAGGCGGCGGAUUCCUAGGCCAUCACCGAGGACCCCAAUCGCCGGCGGGCCAAAGGGAACCCGCCGGUCUCCGUUUCCAUCCGCCGCUGACCCCCCCAUCGGGCUCCAAUCCCCAUACGCCGGCCAGUCCGCAUACUUCGAUGAACCAACCGACGACUCACGCCAGUUACGGAUCCAGUCCGGCCACGUCGUUUAAUUUGGCGUCUCCGACGUCGCUUCAACCGAAUAUCAAUCCCAGUCCGAUGCCGCAUCCGAGUCCCGGAGGUUUGGUGGCCAAUUCGCCGCUCAAUCCCCAAUUGGCGAGUCCGGGGGGGUUGUUGAGCAAUUCCUCGCCCGGUCCGCAGAGUGCCAACUUGCCGGGACAUUCGCCGGUUAGCAGUUUCAUACCGACGGGCCACACGGACGGCAGUCCGUUCCCUUCGCAAAGUAUGUCGUCGCCGGCGGCUUCGGCCAAUUGGCCGGGCUCGCCCGGCAUGCCGCGACCGUCGCCGGCGCGACCGGGGCAAUCCCCCGGCGGGCAUUCGCUGAUGCACAGCCCCCAACAAUCCACCGAUCUCAAAUUGGGUAGCCAUUUAUCGAGGGUGUUGCCGCAAAGAUCUUGGGCCGGCGCCGUACCGACGCUUCUGACGCACGAAGCUCUCGAGAUACUCUGUUGCCCUUCGCCCCAUCCUCAAGGACUUCCGGUGCCCGAAUUGGCGCCAUUGGAGAGGUUCUUGGGGUGCGUCUAUAUGAAAAGGCAAUUGCAAAGAUACGUGCAUACGGAAAACUACUUAACGGCCAUACAACCCACCGAGCCGGGCGUUAUACAUUUCAAAGUAGCCGAAACUUUGCAGUGCAGGAUCGGUUUGAACACUCAGCAUUUACAAAGUUUGCACCUGAAGAUAACCCCCCUUCCCGAUCAUAAAGAAGUCUGGUCCCAAGAGGAAUUACAGGUAUUGGAGAAAUUCUUCGACACCCGAGCGGCGGCGCCACCGUACAAACCGACGUCCAUGUUCACGUUUUGCAACAUGUUGAAUCUACCGGUGAACGUGUUGAAGGAUUUCAUACAAAUCAUGAAAUUCGAAUUGGUGCCGGGUCUGGUGCAACAACAACAAAUGAAAUGGGCGGUGCAAUGGGUGUUGAGGGUCCCCCCCAGCGCCCCCAAUCUCGUUCCCGUCGGUAUGACCGGUGUGUUGGUAUUCAGAGCCAAAGUACUUUUCUUCUUACAAAUAACCAGAAUCGGUAUUCAGUACCCGCCUAGUAUGGAACCGCCGUCGAUAGUACUACCGCUGAUUUACGAUAUCAGCGCCAACGUAACGACUCUGGCGGAAAAACGUGAAGCCGGUGCUAAUCCCGCCAUGUCCUCCGUUAGUCAGAUGCUCAAACAUUUCACGCAAUACCAAUCGAAUAUAAACGAAUGUUCCGUUUUUCCGGCUAUCAGAGAACUACUUAUUAACUUGACGUUACCCUCGGAACCUCAGGCGCCGAGUCCGGUAACAGCCGGGGUGCAACAAAUCCAAUCGCCCGCCAUGCAGAUGCCCGGACAAGGAUCCCAACCCGGUUAUCCUGUAAAUAUGCCGAUGGGUAUGAUGGGUCCGCAAUAAUUCGGUUAGGUUGAUCAAUCGGGAAGCCUUCCAAAAGUAAACCCAUUGGGAAGCCUUUCGAAAGCCAAUUGGGAAGCCUUCCAAAACCAAACCCAUUGGGAGGCCAUCCAAAAGCCAAUUGGGAAGCCUUUCGAAAGCCAAUUGGGAAGCCUUCCCAAAAGUAAACCCAUUAGGAAGCCUUUCGAAAGCCAAUUGGGAAGCCUUCCAAAACCAAACCCAUUGGGAAGCCUUUCGAAAGCCAAUUGGGAAGCCUUCCAAAACCAAACCCAUUGGGAAGCCUUUCGAAAGCCAAUUGGGAAGCCUUCCCAAAAGUAAACCCAUUAGGAAGCCUUUCGAAAGCCAAUUGGGAAGCCUUCCAAAACCAAACCCAUUGGGAAGCCUUUCGAAAGCCAAUUGGGAAGCCUUUCAAAACCAAACCCAUUGGGAAGCCUUUCGAAAGCCAAUUGGGAAGCCUUCCCAAAAGUAAACCCAUUAGGAAGCCUUUCGAAAGCCAAUUGGGAAGCCUUCCAAAACCAAACCCAUUGGGAAGCCUUUCGAAAGCCAAUUGGGAAGCCUUCCCAAAAGUAAACCCAUUAGGAAGCCUUUCGAAAGCCAAUUGGGAAGCCUUCCCAAAAGUAAACCCAUUAGGAAGCCUUUCGAAAGCCAAUUGGGAAGCCUUCCAAAACCAAACCCAUUGGGAAGCCUUUCGAAAGCCAAUUGGGAAGCCUUCCCAAAAGUAAACCCAUUAGGAAGCCUUCCAAAAGUAAAACCAUUAGGAAGCCUUUCGAAAGCCAAUUGGGAAGCCUUUCGAAAGUAAACCCAUUGGGAAUCCUUUCGAAAGCCAAUUGGGAAGCCUUCCAAAACCAAACCCAUUGGGAAGCCUUUCGAAAGCCAAUUGGGAAGCCUUCCAAAAGUAAAACCAUUAGGAAGCCUUUCGAAAGCCAAUUGGGAAGCCUUCCAAAACCAAAACCAUUAGGAAGCCUUUCGAAAGCCAAUUGGGAAUCCUUUCGAAAGCCAAUUGGGAAGCCUUCCCAAAAGUAAACCCAUUAGGAAGCCUUCCAAAAGUAAAACCAUUAGGAAGCCUUUCGAAAGCCAAUUGGGAAGCCUUCCAAAAGUAAAACCAUUAGGAAGCCUUUCGAAAGCCAAUUGGGAAGCCUUUCGAAAGUAAACCCAUUGGGAAUCCUUUCGAAAGCCAAUUGGGAAGCCUUCCAAAACCAAACCCAUUGGGAAGCCUUUCGAAAGCCAAUUGGGAAGCCUUCCAAAAGUAAAACCAUUAGGAAGCCUUUCGAAAGCCAAUUGGGAAGCCUUCCAAAACCAAAACCAUUAGGAAGCCUUUCGAAAGCCAAUUGGGAAUCCUUUCGAAAGCCAAUUGGGAAGCCUUCCCAAAAGUAAACCCAUUAGGAAGCCUUCCAAAAGUAAAACCAUUAGGAAGCCUUUCGAAAGCCAAUUGGGAAGCCUUCCAAAAGUAAAACCAUUAGGAAGCCUUUCGAAAGCCAAUUGGGAAGCCUUCCAAAACCAAACCCAUUGGGAAGCCUUUCGAAAGCCAAUUGGGAAGCCUUCCAAAAGUAAAACCAUUAGGAAGCCUUUCGAAAGCCAAUUGGGAAGCCUUUCAAAACCAAACCCAUUGGGAAGCCUUUCGAAAGCCAAUUGGGAAGCCUUCCAAAAGUAAAACCAUUGGGAAGCCUUUCGAAAGCCAAUUGGGAAGCCUUCCAAAAGUAAACCCAUUAGGAAGCCUUUCGAAAGCCAAUUGGGAAGCCUUCCAAAACCAAACCCAUUGGGAAGCCUUUCGAAAGCCAAUUGGGAAGCCUUUAGAAAGUAAACUCAUUGGGAAGCCUUUCGAAAGCCAAUUGGGAAGCCUUUAGAAAGUAAACUCAUUGGGAAGCCUUCCAAAAGCGUAUUGGGAAGCCUUUAGAAAGUAAACUCAUUGGGAAGCCUUUCGAAAGCCUUUUUGUAAUUGUUUUUGUGAUUUUCAGGUUGUAAAUGUUUUCCUAUUGAAAUAUAUUUAUCAUUUCAUUA